CAAAACAGUGGGGCUUGUUUGCAGCCAGUUUCAACCACAAUGGACUGUCUUCUAACUACGUCGAUCUUUUGUGUGCUGGACGAAAAACGUGUGACGUGUGAAGGAAGGCUUCCAGAACUAAAGAUCUAAAAUCUAGGAUCUUGCCAUAGCCUUACUGUAUGGUGAUAUUUACCUGUGGGUAGACGUCAGUUUUGUGCAAAACUGUUUAAGUCCGGCAUUUGAGGUGCUGAACAUUUUAGGUGCGUUGCUUGGGACCAAUAUAGACAACAGAACGUCCUCACCUCUACGAAGCACACCGACCAGGGCAUGUUUACAUCGGAAAUGUUGUAAUGAAUGUGACACUACAACACGACCAAAUCUCUAGAAUGAUCUGAAUUCCACCAAUCAGCUGCACUGACACAUUCUACGGUUACCGUUGCUAUGGCGACAGGUCCUGUGGAAGAGCGUGGUGACGAGGUUGACUUUAUCGUCUGCGACCUGUGAAUUCCACCAAUCAGCUGCACUGACACAUUCUACCGUUACCGUUGCUAUGGCGACAGGUCCUGUGGAAGAGCGCGGUGACGAGUUUGACUUUAUCGCCUGCGACCUGUGAAUUCCACCAAUCAGCUGCACCGUUACCGUUGCUAUGGCGACCGGUCCUGUGGAAGAGCGCGGUGACGAGUUUGACUUUAUCGUCUGCGAUCUGUGAAUUCCACCAAUCAGCUGCACCGACACAUUCUACAUUGGUCUGAAUUCCACCAAUCAGCUGCACCGUUUCCGUUGCUAUGGCGACCGGUCCUGUGGAAAAGCGUGGUGACGAGUUUGACUUUAUCGUCUGCGAUCUGUGAAUUCCACCAAUCAGCUGCACCGACACAUUCUACAUUGGUCUGAAUUCCACCAAUCAGCUGCACCGUUUCCGUUGCUAUGGCGACCGGUCCUGUGGAAGAGCGCGGUGACGAGUUUGACUUUAUCGUCUGUGACCUGUGUGACGACCCGCUGGAUGACCCGUGCGUCCUCCCCUGUUGGCACGUCUUCUGUUUACCCUGUUUGGUUGCCUAUAGCAACCACCGGCACCACGUCAACAUCAUCAUCUGUCCGUCUUGUCAACAAACCUUUUCCCUUCCCGAAGACGGUCUGGACGGACUUAAGAGCACAAGUUACGACUUCUUGAAAAGGAUUGCGGAGGGGAGUUCUUCUAUCAGAGCACAAGAGGAGAACGGGUAUCUGCGACAUUAUUGUCGGGACCGUGAGUUCGACAUCCCCACCCCGGACCGGCUGACCGCUCCGGUAAACCGGCGAUGUGAGGAGUGUGAGGAGUUACUGUGCCACAGGUGCACUUCUCACCACCUGCGGGAGAGACAUACGGGGAAUGAUUCUUCCACCUGCCACUUCCACGGACUUUCUCGCGAGGUUUUCUGCGAGACUUGCGAUGCUGAGAUCUGCCGGGCAUGCGUCAGCGACGUCCACCGACGGCAUGACGUCACGGACCUCGCGACCUUGGCGCAGUCUCGCCGAGAGGCCUUGGCAAAGGCAACCGAACGUGCGACGAGACUCGACCCAGAGAGAACAGCGGAGGAAUACAUCGAGACCAUCCGCCAGAUGAUAAGAGAACAAGCCGAAAGGCAACUCCACGACGUCGCUAUGCAAGUCGCACGCCGCAGAAGGUUGCUGGAGGAUCAGGUGGGCAAAAUGGCGUCUGAAAUUCGGAGGGACAUAGAAGCUGAAAAAGCGGCCUACAUGUCAGCCCACGGGGGAUUCGGCACCAGUAGGCGGGACACCCUGGCUCUUUUCGAGCACCUGAUCGAGUGUGGGACGGAACGAGAGAUCGUGGAGCUCUACCCAGAAAUGAUCAGGUACCUCGCCGAGGUUUUGCCAGAACCAACGCCGACGGAGAGUCCAGUCAACAGCCAGAGAACCGUCGUGUUUACUCCGGCAAAUGAUCCUGACUUGAGCAGCCAUGAUUUUAUAGGGAGCCUGGAUGGGGCAUGGGUCCGGGGACAUCGCUCGGGGUUCUCUGCGGCGGCACCGACGUCUACGCCCGCCGAAGAAGCGUCAUUGACACCUUCCGCAGUUACAACAACACCUAAGGAACACGACGUCAAAAGCCACCACAGAUGGAAGGAGACGGUUACCAAGCUCAAAACAAGGAAAGGAGUGAAAAUUCCAGCGACCGACGCUCACAGACACGGAGAACCAACAGACAAGCCGAGAAGAAACGGGAAAGAGAAAGAAAAGUUGUGGUCGUCAUUCGUCAACAAAGUCAAACACAAUCCGCGCAGCGCGCCAAGUGAGCAAGAAACUCCAAUCGUCCAGGUCCCGAUGGAAUAUAAACGUACUGAGCGUAAGCUUAGCGUGGAUGAAACCGCCAAGCAAGCAUCUCAAAAUGACAAUGAUAAGAAGAAGCGCCGUAAGUCAAUUUUCUCGAUACUAAGAGAAGACGGUGAGACCAAAGAGACACUGGCUUCAAAAGGAAAGAAGAGUCCCGAUGUAGGGCAUCAUUCGGAUGUCACAAAUCCACACAAAUCAACUGCAACUAUCCAUAACGAUUCUGAGAGACAAAAAUCGAAAAACAAAACAUCGCAACUUUCGGCCAAUACAUUAAAAGACAAAGAGUUGUCUGACAAGAAAAGUAGGCGUAUGAGCGUAUCAGAGAAGUAUCUGGGUCUCAUGUCAGAGGACAAGAAAGGUGAAAUUGAAAAGUUCAAACGUGACAGAGAGGCGACACGCACGCGCCUGCGCAAUAUGUGGGCAGAAGAGGAUGGAGUAAACGAGACCAUUGCAGAGGUGCAUGCCGGGAAUUCGGAAGAGGAGAACGGGCCGUCAGAUCCAGACGAAUCCGCGCGCUCUGAUUGGUUGAAACGUCGCGCCCCACAGGUGCACGUAGAAGGCCAGAUUCAAAAUGGAGACGACAGAAACAGCACGACACAACAGAACGGGAAUGAACCGGUCGAAACCAGUUCGCCAGACCAGCACGAAGUAGUGACACUGGCAGAUCGAAUCAAAAGUGCGUUAAACUUCUCUUUCCUUGGACUGAACAAUUCUGAGGAAAUUUCUUCAGAGAACAGAGAGGACGACAAGACUGCAGACGACGUUUUGGCGCCAAGAGAGGCCCAGAGUGAUCGCCAUGGCAACGGCCGGUCUAUGGAUGACAAGACCACAGACGACUUUUUGGCGCCAAGCGAAGAUCACGGUGAUCACCAUGGCAACGGUCGGCACCACGCCCGACGAAAGACCAGCAUCGCGAGUAUUCUCAGCACCAGCAGCAACCUGAGUCACGUGACCACCUCAUCACUGACGUCAUCCGACCCUGAGGACGGCUCCAAGAGUAAAUCUCACAUGAAGAAGUUCAAAGCGAUUCUGCAAAGGAAGAGGAAAACCCAGGGCCAGCGGGCCGGGGCACUGAGAAGAGAUCCUUCGGUUGUAGCGGAGGAGAGGAGCGAUUCUGACUGGACCACAGACGAUACGGAGGGGAGGAAAGAACCGAACCGAUCCCUGGGGAAGAAAAUGAAGAAGCUUCUCAAGAAAAAGUAACCUUAUUUGGCCACGAAAAGGAGGCAAUCGUUAGGGCAAAGUUAACCUAUGGAUAGCUAGAAAGGUAACAUUUGCAAGCAAAUACAUAAUGUUACCUUCGCAUAUGAUCUGCUAUAUUAAUUCUUAC